AAGUCGGGGGCGGGGGCGCAACCCUCAGACUUGAUUAGUCAAUACAUUCUACCGCAAACACCGAACUGGAAAGGGACGGAGAAGUUUCUACUCAGUGUAGUGCAGGUCCUAUUGAAAUAUAUUCGUGAAGAGAAUGUUCGCGAAAAUAAAAUUCUCGAAUUUCAUCAUCCAGCCGAAAUGCUACAGCUCAUCGAUCUUGACAUCCCCGAGCAACCACAGAAGUUGGAUACCCUCGUGAAGAGUUGCGAGGAAGUGCUGCGACUUGGCGUUCGUACAGGACAUCCUCGAUUCUUCAAUCAGAUCUCAUGCGGCUUGGAUCUGGUCUCAAUGGCCGGCGAAUGGCUCACCGCUACCGCCAAUACGAACAUGUUCACUUAUGAAAUCGCUCCGGUGUUUAUUCUCAUGGAGAAGGCUGUGAUGAAACGAAUGUGGGAAGCAAUCGGCUGGGACGUUGAACAGGCGGACGGCAUUUUCGCCCCAGGUGGAGCAAUAGCGAAUCUGUACGCUGUGAGUACGGCAAGACAUGCAUUAUAUCCGCGCAGUAAAUAUGUAGGGCUGAAGGAUGUGCCGACAUUAUGCAUUUUCACCAGUGAAGACAGCCACUAUUCGAUCAAGAGCGCAGCUGCAGUAUGUGGGAUUGGCAGUGAUUUUUGCUUCAACAUCCCUACCGAUAACUCUGGAAAGAUGAUCCCUGAGGCGUUAGAGCAGAAAAUCGUCGAAAGCAAGAAGGAUGGAUUGACACCGAUGUUUGUGUGCUGUACAGCCGGUACGACGGUCUACGGUGCGUGGGACCCCAUUGAUAAGAUUGCUGAUAUCUGUGAUCGGCACAAAAUCUGGUUACAUGUCGACGCAGCAUGGGGCGGUGGAAUUCUGUUGUCACCGGAGCAUCGCUACAAACUCGCAGGUAUUGAACGAGCCAACAGUGUCACAUGGAAUCCGCACAAGCUGAUGGGCUCGUUGCUGCAGUGCUCGGCCUGUCUGUUCAGGCAGGAUGGUCUACUCUUCCAAUGCAAUCAAAUGUCAGCCGAUUACCUCUUCAUGCAGGAUAAACCGUACGAUGUUAGUUACGAUACCGGUGAUAAAGCUAUUCAGUGUGGACGGCAUAAUGAUGUAUUCAAGUUAUGGUUGAUGUGGAAGAGUAAGGGAAUGGAAGGCUACAGACAGCAGAUUAACAGACUAAUGGAUUUGGCGGCGUAUUUCACUCAGAGAAUUCGUGAAACCGAGGGAUACGAACUCGUUGUUGAUCCGCCGGAAUUUCUGAAUAUUUGCUUCUGGUACGUCCCAAGCAAUCUACGUGGACUUGAUCCAGCGGAAAAGAAGGCUCGACUGGAAAAGAUUGCUCCCAAGAUCAAAGCAAAAAUGAUGGAACGUGGUACGACGAUGGUCGGUUACCAGCCAGACAAACAGCGACCAAACUUCUUCCGAAUGAUCAUUUCCAGUCAAGCAAUUACACGAGACGAUCUUGACUUUCUCAUUCAAGAAAUUAUUGAUAUUGGCGAAUCACUUUAA